AUGGUCGCCUCGUGCCAGCACCAACGUCAUCGUGGCUGUGAACAAUUACAGCGGGAGCUCGUGGACCAGCGCAGUCGUCCUCUGCUACCCCAAACGCUCGAGAGCAAAGCCGUUGUCCCAAACAGAGCGAUGUCGGAGGUCUAG